UUUUUUUGUUUAUUUUUGAGCAUUCCUAAAUUCUCCGUUUCGGCGCCGCUUACACCCUCGAGGCUUCUGUAGCCGGGUUCCCGGGCGUCUCAUGUAGUCUCGUUCUCGGCGCCAUUCCACUCGUUUGCCCUUUUUCCUCUUCCCUGCUCUCGUAGCCGCAUCUCUCCAGGGCUGGAUGAAUGGCAGGCAAUCUCUCCACCUUAUCGAUCGGCAAUGAGUCCCCCGAAGUGGCAUACUUUCCCUCCGUAAACCUCGAACCCAGCGAAAAUAUCACUGCUGGAUGGCAACUGCAGUAUACGGGCUCGGGGGUCGCCAACUCACCUGAUCAAGUCGGUGAAGGCACCAGCUAUCACUACACCAACCUCAAUGGUGCAAGCUUCUUGAUUCUGUGGAACGGCACAGGUAUUGAUCUUAUGGGAACAGCCAGUAAUGCAUCAUACUUGAUCGCCUUGGACGGACAUACCCUUCCGUCUGCCUCCUACAAUGCAACGGACACCCUCCUUGCUUCCCUGAAUGACCUGGAAUACACAAACCACACACUGUUACUUACGACUGCCAUAACGAACUCAAAUACAGCUAACGCGUACUUGACUUUCACCGAAGCCACUAUAUCAUACGCUCCUCCCGCGUCAGCUGCAAACACCACAGCCACCCCAUAUACCGUAAAUGAUACGGAUAUCGCCUUCAUGGGCCGCUGGAGCUACGUUACGGAUGACACGGGAUCUCCGAUGCACGUCUCAACCACUGUCGGUGACCGCGCCCAGGCAUCCUUUAUAGGUUCUGCGCUCACAGUCUAUGGCUUAGUCUCAUCGUUCUCAGGACGAUACUCCGUAAUUGUCGAUAACGUCACUACCACCAUGUCCGCUCAAUCCUCAUAUAACAAUUCAAAUACCUUGUUGUUUUUUGCCACGGACCUUUCCCAGGAGGCUCACCUGCUGACCAUCGUCAACGAGGAGAACUCCACGCUCGCGAUCAGAGUAGGCGGUGUCAAUGUCACUACGUACGGAGGCAACACAAGCUCGUCCAGUAGCGCCUCUACUCCAGCUGGGACAAUAGCUGCUGCUGUACUGGCUGGAGCCUUGGUCGUGCUCCUUUCUGUAAUCUUUUAUCGCUUCUGUAUCAAACGUCGAAAAUCCAGUCGUACAGGCAGAUUACUCUCCGUAACCCGCCGGAACAACACUCGGGACGAAAAGAAAUAUCAGGACCCUCGAUCAGUUUCUGACGUCAGUCCAUCAGCUGGCGAGGAAGAUCUGGAGUCAAAUAGUCUCAGUGCCAGCAAAGGCUACGGUAUUGGGCUUGGUCUACGACGCGGGUUCUCGUUUAUGUUCCGCAAGGCAAAACAGAAAAGCAAUUCGAGCAGCAAGUCAAGUGGCCCGUCAAGGCCCGAGAUGCAUCCUAUGACCGUACAAUACGACCUCGACGACAAACGACUGUCUCUAAGCACCCUCGCUGCCGAAUUACCGGUCCUUUCCUAUGUCCCUGAAUCAGAAAAAUUGGCCCCCGGGUGGACGAAUCCCGCUACACGCACUUCCUUCGCCAUUGACGCUCACAAACGCAGGAGCCUACUUCCUGAACUGCGCGUGGAGGAAGUGGACGACAGUGGUGAAGAUGAUGCCAAAACUUUAACAUCGACACAAGGAGAGGCAAUCGCGGCUACACUUUGUUUGAGUCCAAGAACCUCAGAAGCCCCAGCCACAUUCCAUCGUCCGCUUGGUAGCGAAGAUGUUGACAACAGGCAAACUCGAAUGCUUGGCAGAGAUGGUCACCCUCUCCAGGGAAAGCGCGAUUCCAGAAGUACCUCCGGAAGCAUGGGCAGCAGUUUGUCGAAAGUACGCGCCAAACUUUACCGAAAAGCUCACAAAGACGACGGCAAGCAAAGCCCUCAUGCCUGUCCAACAGAGUCGCCGACGAGCUCCUCUGGACCGGAAUCCGUGCCUGUAGUGAUGCAUAAAUCGGGUUCAGAGGCCCCUCCCAGUGACGUUGCUCCUGUAUCUGGAACUUACUCAUUCCUUGACUUCACGUCAUCCCAUCCCUCCAUUCGUAGCCAAACCAAGAGCAAUACCAUUAGGACAGUAAGCUCGGCACCUGCAGAAAACGGUCAUGAACGGGAUAUCGCUGGGAGGAAUGGUGGUAGAUCAAUCCCCGUAUUGAGGGUGGAACACAAUAGGACCGACGUCACGCUCCAGCCCACCCCCGACGCACCGUCUACCCCACCGGACAAUUCUGAUAUUGCAUCACCUUCGGACAACUCCAAUGGACAUUCUUGUCCUUCUUUCCCGACUACGAACACCCAGGGCUCCGCACCAUUUCCGUUUCCCGUUGCAAUUCCCCCGUCGGUUCACAUGCCCCACCCCUUCAAUGCCAUUUCCCUGGAGCAGAGUCCAUCACCCACCAGUACCUCCUUAUCUCCCGGUGUCGCUAAUGAACCACGAACACAUGCGGAUGUUUCGUCGGGUGCACCGAGUAGCGAUCCUCAUUCCCCUACGGAGAGUCUCCCGCUUUCUGUGUCUGAUAUCUACUUCCGGCACAGUUUCUCAGAUUCUAAUCCGCUUGACUCUCGGCGCACCAGUGCAAAUUCUGGCCUUCCUCCUCAUCCUCCUCUUCCUCACCGUGAAGAUUCAGACACUGUGCCACCGUUGCCCGCACCACCUCCCCCAUAUAUAGUUCAGCGUGUGCUUGGCAUGACGCCAGUCAAUGUUCCCCCCAGUGUGCGGCUUGCAAGGCGACAGUCUCCUUCCUUAGCCACGAUCCCCGCGUCGCACGCCCACACCGCUCCAAGGCGCCCAGGGACUGCACCCUCAUCAGCAACUACUCUUCGCCCAACCUUCCGUAUAAGCAAUCUCCAGGGCCCAAGGCCAAGACCGUCAACAUCAGGGGCGCCUACCAGGUCCAGCUCUGUUCCUCAACUGCCUUUGCAAGGCGGACGGGCGGCCAUGAGAGGUCCGAGGUAGCGUACUAGUAAAUUACGAAAUUAUUUUCUUGGACACCGUGGAUUCUAUAGGUGGUCGUCAUGUCGCUUUGCUACUCAUCUUUUACCCUGGCAAUUUACCCACUGGUCUAGCCAUUCAUG